AUGACGAUUGCAGAGGAGUUCAAGUCGAGGAAUUUUAGCAUCUAUGGACAAUGGACUGGUGUCCUGUGCAUACUUCUCUGUUUCGCACUGGGGAUUGCGAAUAUUUUCAGUAAGGUCAUAGCAUUCAGCAUAGUUUGCUUAGCCUCAUCCUUUGUCAUAAUAUUCGUUGAAGUUCCUCUUCUCUUACGAAUUUGUCCCACGUCCUCAACAUUCGAUUCCUUUAUCAGACGGUUCACGACGAACUACAUGCGAGCUUUGAUGUACGUCAUCCUCAGCGUCGUCCAGUGGCUGAGCUUAAUUGUCGGACCUUCCAGCCUCCUUGCUGCUGCUGUCGUUCUCUCGGUUUCAGCAAUAUUCUACGCACUAGCUGGCAUCACAAAGCAAGAAUUCAUGGGCAGCAAGACUCUUGGUGGUCAGGGCGUUGCACAGAUGAUUGUAUAA